UUGCGACCUUCUCUUCUGCCUCUGCGUCUUCUCUUCUCCCAAUCCAAUCCUCCUUGUAGAAUCUUCCACCGGCGUCCGGGUAAGAUGAACGGCCUCCUCGUGUCGCCGUGCACAAGGCCGCCCCUGCUCCGCCCCUUCCCGAGCCCGGCCACCCGUCUCCUACCCGCCAGAACCCUAGUUCUCCGGCCGCUCCGUCUCCCCCGUGGCGUCUGUGCGUCCCCUCCACCCCCGCGCGCCGCCGCCGCCGCCGCGUCUGCUGUGGGCGGGCUUCUGGCGCCGCUCGAGGUUGGCCUGCGUAGCAUCAACCUCGCGCCGCUGCGUCCGCCGGUUGCGGCGGCCAUGUCAGCGGCCGUGCGGUGGCUGGGGGUCUACCGGGAGGUUCUGCUUGUCGGGGUGCUCUUCUCCUGGUUUCCCAACAUCCCCUGGGACCGCCAACCCUUCUCCGCCCUGCGAGACCUCUGCGACCCUUUUCUCGCCCUCUGCCGCGAGGUCGUGCCGCCCGUCUUCGGCCGCAAGCUCGAUCUCAGCCCGCUCGUCGCCUUCAUGGCCAUAGACAUCCUCAUCAUGAUCCUUCGCCCACAGCCACGCAUGUGAUGACAUGCAUGACUUGACUCGCUUGGAAAAAAGACAUGCAUGACUUGAUGAGGUGGCAUUGUUUGCAUGGAUAGAUUAAUGUAAAAAAGGACCUUAUGAGUACAUGCAUGACAUGCCGCACAAUUCAUUAGACGGGUGUCAAUAAUUGAGUUGACGUGGAAGCACGGAUGCGCAGAGAAAUCUAGUAGUGGGGGCUAGCUGAUAUAGAAGACUACAUGAGGUUCAAAAUAUAAUGGAAUAUUCACAUGAACAUCAUUUGUGAUUUCAUUCAUUGAAUUACCAAUUUCAAAUUUUUUGGAAGUACAUUGCUGUCGGUAUUUGUUUUUCCUUGAGGAACCAUAUUUGUUUUUUCCUUGAGAUAUCCCAUGGUGUAUGCUCUUUGCGGAUGAUGUGAUGCUAGUCGAUGAUAGUCGGACGGGGUCAGUAGGAAGUUUGAGCUAUGGAGACAAACCUUGGAAUUUGAAGGUUUUAGACUUAGUAGAACUAAAACCGAGUACAUGUGGUGCUGUUUCAGUACUACUAGGUACAGGGAGGAGGUUAGCCUUGAUGGGCAGGUGGUUCCUCAAGAGGAUAUCUUUCGAUAUUUGGGGUCAAUGUUGCAGAAAUAUGGGGAUAUGAUGAAGAUGUGAACCAUCGAAUCAAAGCUGGAUGGAUGAAGUGGCGCCAAGCUUCUGGCGUUUUCUGUGACAAGAGAGUGCCACAAAAGCUAAAAGGCAGGUUCUAUAAGACAGCGAUUCGACCCGCAAUGAUGUAUGGCGAUGAGCGUUGGCCGACUAAAAGGCGACAUGUUCAACAGUUAGGUGUGUCGGAGAUCCGCAUGGUGAGAUGAAUGUGUGGCCACACAGGGAAGGACCGGGUCCGAAAUGAUGAUAUACGAGAUAGGGUUGGGGUAGCACCGAUUGAAGAGAAGCUUGUCCAACAUCGACUGAGAUGGUUUGGGCAUAUUCAGCGCAAGCCUCCAGAAGCUCCAGUGCAUAGCAGACGGCUAAAGCGUGUUGAUAAUGUCAAGAGAGGUCAGGGUAGACCGAACUUGACAUGGGAGGAGAGUCCGUAAAGAGAGAUCUGAAGGACUGGAGUAUCACCUAAGAACUAGCCAUAUGGACAGGGGUGCGUGGAAGCUUGCUAUCCAUGUGCCAGAACCAUGAGUUGGUUGCGGAAUCUUAUGGGUUUCACCUCUAGCCUACCCCAACUUGUUUGGGACUAAACACUUUGUUGUUGUUGUGGCUUCUUUGCAUAGCUGAUUUAGGCGAAUGAAGGGCACAUUGCAUAGUUGAACAUUCCAUCAGUUCUUAUAUGGAUUGUGUUUUAGAAUCUUUGUAGUGCAUGUUGUUAAACGUUUUUGCUUGUUUAUUACUCAACAAGGUAUGUAAAAUUAUCUUCACCAGACACAUGAAAUUCUUAGGUUUGUUGUUUAUAGCACUUCCAUAUCAUACAAAUUCUGUUACUAAUACUGAUAUCACACCUAGUUACAGUCUAUUCUCAUGGGAACGAACAGUGCUAGUUUUGCCUUUGAAGGCUGUAGAAAGUCAAUAACAUUCCUUGUAGAAGAAUGAAGGGAUCACUAUCAUUUCAAUUACCAUGUUCUUUAGUUUCUACUCCCUCCGUUCCUAAAUAUAAGUUUUUUUUAGAGAUUUCAGUAUAGACUACAUACGGAUGUAUAUAGACAUAUUUUAGAGUGUAGAUUUACUCAUUUUGCUGUAUGUAGUCCAUAUUGGAAUCUCUAAAAAGGCUUAUACUCCCUCCGUCUGAAAAUACUUGUCAUCAAAAUGGAUAAAAAGAGAUGUAUCUAGAACUAAAAAACCUCUAGAUACAUCCCCUUUCAUCCAUUUUGACGACAAGUAUUUCCGGACGGAGGGAGUAUUUAGGAACGGAGGGAGUAUAUGCUUCUGUUGCACGUUGGUCAGAAUAUUUUUCCUGAAAGUUUUUGCACAGAUUUAUUCCCCUGAGAAUAAUAACUUGCUCAAACACUAAUUUGAAUUUGCACAUUUAUAUCCCAAGGACGACAUAGGUGGUCAAACUGUAAACAAAAUAUGUUGGAAUGAGGGUGGGGUGUCCACAUUGACAGGUUGAUGUGAUUGUGGCUGCACAAAUACGAUAAAUGAGUUCUUUUCUUCAGUAUUUGCCUAAUAAUUUAAUGUACUAAACAAAAUAUAGAGAAGACAUAGUUGGUUUGCCCCAUGUAAUGUAAAAAUGUCAUGUUUCUUUGUCAGCUAAUAUUGCUGUCCCAAUUUGGUUGAAAUAUUUUAUUUUGUUAAAAUAAAUUCUUGUU